UUGCUUUCUGCCGCAGAGAGUCUGAGGACUUUAUUUUUGGAAAUUCACAACACUUUAGGUGUUCUGUGGUUUGCGAUGUGUCGCCUCCUGAACGUAUUGUUGGCUCUGCUGAGUCGCUUCCUGUUUGCGGUCCACGGGGUUGUGACUGUCUGGAGAGUUGUUGCUGUUAAAGAGGAGCCACUCUAUUGGCUGCUGCUGAUGGGCGUGGCUCUGCUGGGUGUGGAAAUGGCGGUUACCCUUAAAUGCACUCCUAACGCAGAGUGGAAAUGGUUCUCCCCCAUGGUUUUCCUCUAUCUCAGCACUGUCAUCCCGUCCAUUUGGUUUCUUGAGCUGAGUCUGUUACAGUCCAAGCUUCCCCUCAAUAACUCCUCCAGUCCCGAGCUUCAUUUGCUGGCUCACAUCCCAAUCACAGAGGUAAGCAUCCCACCACCGCACUGCCCUCCCCGCCUCACAUUACCCCGUAGCCACAUUAGAGCGACGCCCGAUAACAGAUAA